ACAGCACAGUGCAUGCAUGAAUAGUAAAAUCACCACAACAGCACAGAUUUGAUCGAGAUGGUGACUGAUUUCCUGUUUGUGUGUAUCACUUUUAGUCUUGCUUGUAUUGGGCAUAGCCAAGAAUGCAAGAAACAUGUCGACUUCCCACUCUAUUACUGUGAUCCUCAAAAUCUACUUUAUGACUACUCCUCUGACUUGAAUGGAAGAGUUGAGUUGAAUUGUUCUAAAGACGAACGAAGUAUUGAGGCCAUGUUCAAAUCAGACGACGUUGAUCUUAGAAACAGCGAUUCAGCAUUUAUUUUGAACUGUUCUAAUGAAACACAUUUUGAGAUCUCUAGUUACUGCCGUUCAGUUGUAAUUUUGGACUCGAAUAAACCGGUAAACAUUUCUUUUCAUUUGUUGGGAGCUGUAUCCUGUACUGUUUUUGGCUGCUACUCGUACUUUCAAGAUUUUUAUAGUCUUAAUAGCACAGGUCAAAACUGCUAUUUCCCAGAAAUUGGAGACAACACACCAUCAGAAACGGCAAUUGCGUCUACAUCAUCAGUACAAUUGGUUAUGCCUACAAGCGCAACAGUCGCACCUAUUGUCAGUGUUACGAGUCUUAGAGUUACCACGACAACACUAUCUAAAAUUGGAGGCACACCAUCAGUAGGGGCAAUUGCGUCUACAUCAUCAUCAGUACCUACACAUGAAACAGUCACACUGGUUACUGACAUGGUAGCACUAUAUACAUUGAUGGUAAUCUUCAUUGUUGUGAUAUUGACUGUCUGUAUGAUCGGGAUUUUGAGUGCUGCAAGGUGGAGAAAAAACAAGUUUAUGUUGAAUCUUAGGACUGGGUAUGGCCUUCAAGCAAAUGUGAAACAGGUUUAUAAGCCUAUCACCGAUGCCAUGCUAAAUAUGAAGCUUCCGACUGCUACCUCUACCCUCACCAUCUUUGAUCCAUUCAACUAUAAUAGCAGCUCAGAAUCAGUCGGCACAGAAAACUCGAGGAGUGACUUUGACCUAAACCAUGACAUCAGAAACCAGGUUGAGGCUAUGAUUAUAGCUGCUCACAAUGAGAGUGUGGGCUCUUCCUAUCAAACAGAAGCACAAGGCAAUGAGCUUUACAUAUCUUCACAAUCUAUCGAUUAUCUCAGAAAUGGACAAGAAUUUUCCACACAGAAAUGGAAAAGCGAUCACGACAUUAAUACAGCAGCGACAACAUACAUUCAAGCACUUACAACACAUGUCAGUGAACCUUAUCUCAUACAUAAAAAAGACAAGCCUGAAAAUUCAAAAUCACAAGACUAUGUGACUGCUCUACGCUACACCAGCAACGAGGCUCUUUCAGAGAACGAUUGCUCUCUAUUGGAGGACUACCCCUUCAACAAUGGUCAUCAGCUGUCGAGCCAUUCUUUCAGUAAUGGUAUCACCAGGAGUGUCAGUAGUCAAAAUAUGAGUAAUCUAUCAAAUGGACAUGGCUAUGUUUAUGUGUAAAUAUUAUGCCUGUGUAAACGUAUAUUGAAUAGUGCCGACAGUGAUGACGCACAUAAAUUGGUUCCACGUUUUCUACAGCAGUUUUUUUGUCCCAAACUUGCUGAUUCAACACAUACAAAUUCAUUUACAAG